AUGUCUGCGCCAGAAGUGGACGAUCCGCAGCCGUUUUCGGAAAACGAUGUAAGUCAAUAACGGUUUUUCAAUGUUUCAUUUAGGAAAAUGCUACACCACUCGUUGAUUUCGACGGGAUGAGUGCUUAUGUUACCCAGGCGGUAUCCAUCUUGAUAGGCGAGUCCAAUGCUGACCUUAUUACUGAAGCUUUGGACAAUGGAAGGACAGUUGUUGAGAAAUUCAUCAGUGAUCCUCAAGUUCCCGUCUUGGCCAUUGACAAAUGUGUAAGAAGAAGUGAAGAUGGGGCUGACGACACUUCCGUUGUUUAUACUGCGUUGAUCGAAAUGCAGUAUAGGAAGGAUCGUUUGGGAACGAUUAUUUUUUCUAAAAAGGGACAAACUAUCACAUCAGAUGCACCUAUUCAAGAUCAGGUGUUAGUGAUAUCGUAAGUUUUAUUGCUGUUUUUGUUACAUUCGUCAUGAAUUCUUCAAAGUUUUGUUUAAGAAUGGAUGGUUCUGACCCUUAUGGAUCAACAUGUGUUCACGUUGGAAAAGCACUGGCUCCAUACUUCAAAUCGACCAUCAAGGAUCACAGAAGAACCGAAAGGGAAGGCGACAAGCUUGUUCCUGCGGUCGAGAAAGGCCUCAAUGAGGUUGAAGUUGCUUUGAUUCACCUGAAGCAGAACAUAGAGAUCCCAGAUGUCGAGUUGCUUGUUCAUCCUAAAGUCCAAUCUGUUGUUGAUGCGGCGAAAGCCGUUGGAAAGAAACCUAUGGUCGGAGAUUUUGGUGAAGACUUGAAUGACGCCAACUUUUUGAACACUUUGCAAUCGGGAGUUAAUCAUUGGAUCGUGGAUAUUCUGAAGGUCACACGGAUGGACAGGAAUCCAGAAUCGGGAACAGCGCUUCAAGAAGUGGCCUUCUGGUUAAACUUGGAAGGGGCUUUGAGGAAGAUCCAGACUGAACGGGAGAGUGAAGGAGUUUGCCUCACUAUUGAAGUCCUGAAACAUGCCAAGAGAUUCCAUGCAACGGCUUCGUUCGACGAGAACACACAUCUGAAAGAGAGAAUGGCCACAGCUUCUGACUACAGUUCAUUUAUGAGGGAUCUUCCUUUGAAUGAUCUUAUGAGUGCCAAUGGAUUUUCUGAAAUUGGAAAGGCCUUGAGCAAUAUUUUCAACAAUUUGAGGAAGAUCCGGAACACUAAAUAUCCAAACACCCGCGCUUUUGCUUUUCUCCAAGCUUUAUCCCGCGAUUCUACAGCUCAAAUCGUAAAGGUAAGAACUAUUUUUGAUAUACAAAAUUUUUUUUGGGCUUUGCAAUCACACCGCUUGAUGGUCAUACCAAUGGAUGAAUUCGAAAGUAUCUACAAAAAGUUUAUGGAGAUUAUGACCAAAUGGGACACAGAGUAUGAGAAGAUGCAUUCGAUCAUGAGAGAUAUGAAGAAGAAAGACCCUGAAUCCUUGAAGAGCUUGUCUACAUUGAGGGUGGCUUCUUUGCCUCACAAGGUCCUCGAAAAACGUAUAGAGAACAUCCGAGAAUUCAGAAGACAACACGAGCAGCUGAGCAAUGUCAUCUCCCGUGUGGUCAGAGGAUCGAAUGCGGGGGCCCCCACUGAAGAAGUUGAUUCUGUUCGAGAAAUAAAUGUGGCUUAUGAUUCCGUGAAAGGAGUGGACUGUUUGAACCUCUCAUCCGAAGGAGAAACGAACUGGGAAAAUGCUGUAAAGUAUUAUCAAGAAAGAAUUGGACGAGUCGAGUCGCAAUUGGCAAGAAAGUUUAGGGAACAAUUGGAAUCGUCCAGAUCUGCCGAAGAGAUGUUCAAGAUCUUCUCCAGAUUCAAUUCCCUCUUCUUUAGGACUCACAUAAAAUCAGCGAUGAGAGAAUAUCAAAACAAAUUGAUUGAAAGAGUCAAAGAAGAUAUCCAGAAACUUCACAAGGCAUUCGACGAUCAAGAGAACAUCAAAACAGCUACCGAACUGUGUAUUUACAAUGGAAUGCCCGAUGUGUCGGCGAUAAUAUUAUGGAACAAGCAGAUUUUAAGGCAAUUGGAUUGCUGCAUGAAGAGAGUUGUAGAUGUUUUAGGGCCUGAAUGGGCGUCUUAUCGUGAAGGUAGAGGUUUUUUAUGAAGACUAAAAGAACAUUAUUUUAGGUAGCGAACUGAAGAAAGAAGACGAAAUGUUCAGGCAGAAACUUAACACGGAUGUUCUGCUGAAUGAGUGGGUAAAUACCCUUCAGAAUAAAACACUAUCCGCUAACACAAGGAUGUUUUUGGUGGAGAAACAACAAAGGGACGGGAAACAGUUAUACCAUCUGAAGGUCAACUUUUCUCCGGAUUUAUUAGAAGUCUGCAAGGCUGUUAGAACAAUGAAAUCAUUGGACUUGAGGCCUCCUUUCAAACUUCUGAACGCUGCUCAUCAUAUAAAUAGCGUUUAUCCAUUUGCAAUAUCUUUGAUUCAAUCAGUCCAAGACUAUGAAAGUACGAAUGCCAUGGUCGCUUCACAGCCAGGUGCCGAGAUGUUGGUGGCUUCUUUCCGCAAAGAUUUGCACAAAUUAUUAUUGGAUGUAUGAAAUUUUUUCUUGGCUUUAUCGAAAUUUCAGGCUGCCCCUCACGUUUGGGAUUCUUUCAAGACAGAAAAUCUGGUAAACAAAAUCGCUGACGCUGUACUUCAUUAUCAAGAGAAGGUCCACGAACUGUUGGGAUUACUGACAAAGAUCGACAACGAUGUGAACGAGUUGGACAGUUGCAAGUACUCGAAGGAGGAAGUCGGCAAGAUUCUCCAGUCUAUUCAGGAAAACGUUGACGCUUUGUCCUACGGAAGUUACUCCAAUCAAGUUUUCUGGAUGGAGCAAUUGGAUAAGAAGGUAACAAAAGUCUCAAUGGGUUGUAAUUUUUUUAGAUCGAAGAGAAGUUGGCUGUUCGGGUCGAAGCUGCGAUUCUGCAAUGGAUUCAUUAUCUUACCAUCAGUCCCGAUGAGAUAGAAGAACAAUGGGAGGGAGAAAUCCGGCCCAUCAAGUUGACCCUGAAAAUUUCUUCACAGUGUAUGAACGUAUCUCCCUCAUUAGAGCACGCCCAUAUAAACCUGACGAAUCAACUCUUCCAAUGGCAUGGGGUUGUCACCAAACAACCUAGAGUUGUGGCUAAUCGUCAUCAGGUCGGUUUCACUUCACAUGUAUUAAUUGCAUUUUAGUCAUCGUUGAAACAGAAGCAGGAUAACCUUACUUAUAAAUCAUGUCUCUUCAAAAUGCCAAAUGGAGAAAAAGUCCUUCAAGAUGCCUAUAGAGUGGUGAACAGUGUUAUGGGAAAAGUGUCCAACUUUGUGAAUGAAUGGGUCAGAUAUCAAGUUCUAUGGGAUCUUCAAGCCGACAAGAUAAACGAACGAGUUGAGAAUGAUCUUGACAAAUGGAUUAAGGUCCUAGUUGAGAUCCGGGAUAUUAGGAGAAAGUUAGAUGAUUCUCAGGCCAAAGGAAUGUGCGCGUUCCCGAUACAUGUAGAUGUCAGUGAAGUUCAAGGAAAGGUUUUGAGUAAAUACGAGUUCUGGCAAAAGGAGAUUCAGCAAAGAUUUGUUUCGGUUUUGGGUAAGCCAUUUUAUAACUCCCAAAAUUAAUUUCAAACUUUUUACGUUUUAAUUUUACAGGCGAUGCAAUGGUAAACUUUUACAAAGAAAUCUCGAAGAUUCGGCCCGAAUUGGAAAGUCAGUCUCUGGAUUCGGUCACAUCGGAUGCAAUUGCGCUGAUCACGACUGUUCAAGGGUUGCGUAAGAGGAUCGAUAUUAAUGAUGCCAUUGUGAACAAAUUCAAAACUGGAGAACAAAUCCUGGUCACUCAAAGGCAUCCUCUCCCUAAUUCAUGGAUAUACGCCGAACAUGUUGCUGGCGAAUGGAGUGCUUUGUUGGAAUUGCUGAACAGAAAGAACACAGCCAUCCAAUCGAGGGUAGGGUGUACACAUCAGGGGUAUUUACCAUUUUUGCAGGUCGCUAAUCUACAGCAACGAAUCAAGGAUGAAGAUGAGAAUGUGGAGAAACUGGUUGUGGAUGUCCUGAAUGAAUGGGACAAAACAAAACCGACUCAUGGGGAGAGAAGACCUCGAGAUGCUCUCCAAGUAUUGAACGCAUUUGAGGAAAGAUUUACCAAAGUUAAAGAUGAUCGGGAAAACAUGGUCAGGGCGAAAAACGCUCUCGAUAUCACGGAUAACCUCCGUCUUGGGAAUCAAGUGUCGAAGUUAGAUAUUGCCAUCGAAGAGUUGAAUGAUUUACGCAGUAAGUUGUUGUUAGGAAGUAGUUGGAAUGUGUUUUUUGAUGACUAGUCUGUUAUUAUUAGGUGCUUGGAAUGCCCUGAACCCAUUGUAUGAUGAGAUUGAUGAAUUGAAAGAAAAGAGUUGGCUCAUCGUACAGCCCAGAAAGAUCAGACAAGUCUUAGACGACCUUAUGGUGUCGCUGAAGAAUCUGCCCUCUCAAUUCAGGUCUUAUGAGUCUUAUGAACAGACUAAGAGGAUGUUACAGAAUUAUUCCAGGGUAGGAAUUUUGUCGCAGUCCGGUGUGGGAUUAUGAUCAUCCUAUUUCUAGAUGAAUGGAAUGAUCACCGAACUCCGAUCAGAAGCGUUGAAAGACCGCCACUGGGAGAAGCUGACCCGCGAGCUGCGUGUCAAUUGGAACCCCAACGAACUGACUUUGGGCCAGGUCUGGGAAGCGGAUUUGAUAAGACACGAAACGGUUAUCCGACAGAUUUUGUUGGUGGCCCAAGGGGAACUGGCACUCGAAGUCUUCCUAAAACAAGUCAAAGAUUUCUGGCAAGGAUAUGUGGUAGAGUUGGUUAACUAUCAAAACAAGACCAGUUUGAUCAAAGGAUGGGAUGAAUUGUUCAACAAACUGAAGGAACAUAUUAAUUCUCUGACAGCCAUGAAGUUGUCUCCCUAUUACAAGGAGUUUGAAGAGGAUGCCCUUUCGUGGGAAGAUCGUCUUAACAAGAUCAAUUCCUUGUUUGAUGUUUGGAUCGAUGUCCAAAGGAGAUGGGUCUACCUGGAAGGUCUUUUCUCCGGCUCAGCUGAUAUUGCGACACUUUUGCCUAUGGAAUCCAGCAAGUUCUCUGGAGUUUCCAAUGAAUUCCUCGCUUUGAUGAGGAAAGUCAGCGGAAGCCCAAGAAUUCUUGAAGUUGUCCAUUUCCAAGUAAGCGAAGCUAGUUGGGCUGAUGCAAUCUUUUAGGGGGUCCAAAGACUCUUGGAACGGUUGGCCGAAAUAUUGGCCAAGAUUCAGAAAGCUCUUGGUGAAUACUUGGAAAGAGAACGUUCAUCGUUCCCUCGGUUCUACUUUGUUGGGGACGAAGAUUUACUCGAGAUUAUGGGCAAUUCAAAGGAUAUGAUGAGAAUUCAGAAACAUCUCAAGAAAAUGUUCGCUGGUAUUAUGACAGUUGACUUUAACGAGGAGUCCCGCCAAAUACUUGCAUUGAUCAGUCGUGAGGGUGAGACUGUGACUUUGGAGACGCCAGUUGAUUUGAACAAACUGCCCAAGAUAGAUGAUUGGUUAAGAGAAUUGGAGAAUGAAAUGAGAAGGACAUUGUCAAGACUUCUACAAAGGGCUGUGGAGGACUUUGGCAAGUUCGAUGUGUCAGCUUUGAAAUCCGAUGAUUACAUGUUGUGGCUUGACACUUACCCUGUAGGUUUCGAAAAUUUUUGGGCAAUGCGUUUUUUCCAGGCGCAAGUUGUCUCUAUUGCUGCUGAUAUUUGGUGGUCGACAACUAUCGAAGGAGUUCUUACAAGCGGAAAAAAACUGGACAAUGUUCUGUCCAACGUGGAAGGGACCCUUUCUCUUUUGUCCGAGUCCGUCUUAUGUGAUCAACCUCCAAUCAGGAGGAAGAAGAUUGAAAACUUGGUAUGUUUUAUAUGGCAUUACUGUUAUUGGUUGUUUUAGAUUACCGAAUUUGUCCACAAGCGUGAUGUCACCAGAAAAUUGGUCAAACUUGGCGUCAGCAACAAUACCGACUUCCAUUGGCUUCAAGUUAUGAGGUUUUAUCUUGACAGUAAACAAAUCAACGACCCUGCCAAAUGUUGCAUUGUUAGAAUUGCGAACGCCCAAUUCUACUAUGGAUUCGAAUAUCUUGGAAUUCAGGAGAGACUGGUUCAGACGCCGCUUACCGACCGCUGUUUCUUAACGAUGACGCAGGCCCUUCACUCCAGAUACGGAGGGUCUCCUUUUGGCCCUGCUGGUACAGGAAAGACGGAGUCCGUUAAAGCCCUCGGUCAUCAAUUGGGAAGAUUUGUCUUAGUCUUCAAUUGUGAUGAGACGUUUGAUUUCCAGGUAAUGGCUUAAGAGGUUUAGGUUGAUGCAAUCUUACAGGCUGUUGGCAGAAUUCUUGUCGGUUUGUGCCAAGUUGGAGCUUGGGGUUGCUUUGACGAGUUCAAUCGAUUGGAGGAACGAAUGCUCUCUGCUGUUUCUCAGCAAAUCCAAACCAUCCAAGAAGCCGUAAGAGCAGGUGGACAGAUGACUGUUAAUCUGGUGGGAAAGAAUCUAAACGUGAAUGCAAGCAUGGCCAUCUUCAUCACCAUGAAUCCUGGAUAUUCCGGAAGGUCGAAUCUGCCGGAUAACCUUAAGCAGCUCUUCCGAUCUUUGGCUAUGACCCAGCCAGACAGGAAUCUGAUUGCCGAAGUCAUGCUCUUCUCCCAAGGAUUCAGCACCGCCGAGGUUUUGGCUCGAAAAAUUGUGCCACUCUUCAUGUAAGCUGUGUUGGAAAAUAUAUAAAGGCACUGUCUUUUUAGCUUAUGCAAGGAGCAACUUUCCAAUCAAUCUCAUUAUGACUUUGGUCUCCGUGCCUUAAAAUAUGUAUUGGUCUCGGCCGGAAAUAUUAAGAGGGAGGAACUUCAGUCAGCAAAAGGAACGCCAGAUGGGGAUCCCCAAAUCGCUGAACAGAGAAUACUCAUUCAAUCGGUUUGUGAUACUCUGGUACCGAAGUUGGUCAGCGAAGAUAUCACUCUGUUAUCGUCCCUGCUGCAAGAUGUCUUUCCGGAUGUGUCGUACAAACCGAAAGAGAACCAAGCGUGAGUGCUUUGUCCGUUUUUCUCAUCUCAUAAUUUGCAGCCUUCGAAGUGAAAUUGCCAAGGUCUGUGACAAACUUUAUUUGUCUUAUUCUGAUGCCGUUGGACAGAAUGGACAUCUGUGGUUGGAGAAAGUGAUGCAGUUAUAUCAGAUCACCAACCUCAAUCACGGUCUCAUGCUUGUUGGCUCCAGUGGAUGCGGUAAAACCAUGGCUUGGAAGGUUCUUUUGAAGGCUUUGGAGAACUUUGAAGGUGUAGAAGGAGUGGCACAUGUGAUCGAUGCCAAGGCCAUGUCAAAGGAUUCUCUGUACGGUGUGUUGGAUGCAAAUACGAGAGAGUGGACUGAUGGUUUAUUCACCCAUAUAAUUAGAAAGUAGGUUUACUGAUACGUUUUAAAUCAUCUAUAGAAUUAUCGACAAUAUCCGAGGUGAGGCCGAUAAAAGACAAUGGAUUAUCUUUGACGGCGAUGUCGAUCCCGAAUGGGUUGAGAAUCUGAACUCGGUGCUGGACGACAACAAAUUGUUGACCCUUCCCAAUGGAGAACGGCUCUCAAUCCCGCCAAAUGUCAGAAUCAUCUUCGAAGUGUCUGAUCUGAAAUAUGCUACUUUGGCUACAGUUUCCCGAUGUGGAAUGAUCUGGUUCAGUGAGAAUGUGGUCAGUGCAGACAUGUUAUUUGACAACUACUUAAACCGUCUGCAACAUCUUCCUCUUACUCCUGAUGCUAAGACGUCGGUUGACGAUAUCUUGGCUUCAUCAAGUUCCCAGAAAACCUCAGCUGAUGUAAUGCAAGCAAGUGUAGCUCCAGGAACUGUAUCAAUAACAACGUUGGAAGCUUCAUCAACCGCCAUGUCAGCGUCGUCUCUGUCAGUGUUCGCAUCCUCGGCUACUAAUAUCUCCACGACGAAUGUCUCUGUUCAGAAUCAAAGAGCUCUCCAUAUUCAGAAUGUCUGUGCCACAGCCUUGUCCGACCACUUCAAUCCAAAUGGCUUAGUUCCGCUUUCUCUAAACUUCUCAUUGGAGAGUGUCGAACAUAUCAUGGAAGUCACUAAACAACGUCUUUUACUCGCAUUUUUUUCCAUGAUGAACUACUCCGUCAGACAAGUUAUCAACUACUGCGAGAUGCACCAAGACUUCCCAUUGGCUGAUGACCAAGUUCAGAAUUACAUUAGUAGGGCCAUGCUGGUAAAUUUGGUAUGGUCUUUGUCCGGAGAUGGAAAGUGGAAAUGCCGGCAGAAGUUGUCAAACUUUGUUCGUGACUCUACUACAAUCAUGUUGCCUCCAAACGACCAGCAUCCUAUUAUCGACUACGAAGUCGUAAUUGAAGGAGGCGAAGUUCAAUGGGCGGCAUGGUCGAGGAAGGUACCCAAGAUGGAAAUCGAUGCCAACAGAGUUGCUUCUGGAGAUGUGGUUGUACCAACGAUGGAUACUGUUAGACAUGAACUACUUCUAAAUACUUGGUUGAGUGAGAGGAAACCAUUGGUUCUUUGUGGGCCUCCUGGUUCUGGUAAAACGAUGACUCUGCUUUCUGCUUUGAGGUAAGAUUUAUUUGCCCGGAUAACCUAUUUCCUUUAGGUCUCAACCUGAUAUGGAUGUCAUUAAUGUCAACUUUUCAUCGUCAACUACUCCAGAAUUGCUGUUGAAGACGUUUGAUCACUACUGUGAGUAUAGAAGAACACCGAAUGGGCUCGUUCUGGCGCCUGUUCAACUCGGAAGAUGGCUGGUUAUCUUCUGUGACGAGAUAAAUUUGCCUACUCCGGAUAAAUAUGGAACUCAACGAGUUAUUUCCUUCCUGAGACAAUUGGUUUCUCAAAACGGAUUCUACAGACCAAGUGAUCAGCAAUGGAUCUCAUUGGAAAGAAUACAAUUUGUGGGCGCUUGCAAUCCUCCCACUGAUCCGGGGCGACAUCCUUUAUCUGAAAGAUUCCUCAGACACGUGCCAGUGGUCUAUGUUGAUUAUCCAGGACAUUCUUCGCUUGUUCAAAUUUACGGAACUUUUAUCAGGGCAAUUCUUCGUAUCUUCUCCCAUCUCUUCAGCUAUGCCGAACCCAUUACCGAAGCUAUGGUCGAAGUUUAUCUCCGCUCGCAGGAAAGAUUUACUCAAGACGAUCAACCCCAUUAUGUAUACUCGCCUCGUGAACUUUCACGAUGGGUGCGAGGUGUAAGCGAAGCAAUUGCUCCCCUUGAUACUCUUGAAUUGUCGGAUUUGGUUAGACUGUGGGCCCAUGAAGGUCUGAGACUCUUCCAAGAUCGUCUUGUGAGGGACGAAGAGAGAAAAUGGACUGAUGAUCUUGUGGAUGAGGUGGCCGGAAAAUUCUUUGGAGCGGUUGUGAAUAUCAGUGAGACGUUGCAAAGACCUCUUUUGUAUUCGUGUUGGUUAACAAAGGUAAUGCACGCCAGUAAUCAUGAACGUUUUUUUUUUUUACAGAAUUAUCUGCCGGUUACUAGAGAAGAACUUCAAAAAUAUGUGGAAGCGAGGAUUAGAAACUUCUGUGAAGAGGAGUUGGAUGUUAGACUGGUUCUUUUCGAUCAGAUGCUGGACCACAUUUUAAGAAUCGACAGGAUUUAUCGCCAACCUCAAGGGCAUCUUUUGUUGAUCGGAGUUUCUGGUGCUGGAAAAACAACGUUGUCUCGCUUUGUGGCCUGGCUAAAUGGCUUAUCGGUGUUCCAAUUAAAGGUAUGUUUUUAUAACAUUGUGGUGGAUUAUGUAUUGCUUAGGUACACUCAAAUUAUACUGGAGCCGACUUCGACGAGGACAUCCGCCAUGUUCUCCGCCGUGCUGGAUGCAAAGGAGAGAAGAUUUGUUUCAUUAUGGACGAGUCAAAUAUGUUGGACACUGGUUUCUUGGAACGUCUUAAUACUUUGUUGGCGAAUGGUGAAGUUCCUGGUCUUUUCGAAGGCGACGAAUUCACAACCUUGAUGAACCAAGUUAAAGAAAAUGCCCAGAGACAAAACUUGAUGUUGGAUUCUAACGAUGAAUUGUACAAGUUUUUUACCAAUCAGGUAUCGAAAUUUUUUCAAAACUUAUUUUUAUUUAUGCAACUAUUAUAUAUUUUGUUGUCCGCAAAAAACUUCUCGCUGUCCGCAAAUGAGAAUAUUUUUUUUUGUCUAAAACUCAACAUUUUGUAGCAAGGUUUAUAUAAUUUUUAAAGAUAUUUCUUUUAAACGACUAGUAGGAUAUUCUGAGUAUUUCAAAGAUAAGAAGCAGUUUGGAUAGGAGGUCUGAUGAUGUUUUGCAUGAUGUCGGUGAGAAGUUUUUAUUUGUGGGCAGCGAAAAGUUUCUUUGCGGACUGCGAAUCAUCGUAUUUAUAGGUUAUACGAAACCUUCACGUGGUUUUCACCAUGAAUCCAUCUGGCGAUGGCCUCAGAGAAAGAGCUGCUACAUCCCCGGCCUUAUUCAAUCGGUGUGUCUUGAAUUGGUUUGGAGAUUGGGAGAACUCGUCCCUCUAUCAGGUUGGAGUCCAGCUAACCUCGACCAUCGACAUGACCAGGCCCGAGUAUGUUCCUCCAAUGGCCAUGACUCGAUGCUGCGACCUCAUCAGUGAACCAAUCGAAUAUCACAAUUCGGUUAUAAACGCAUUUGUUCAUAUUCACAAUUCUGUGAGAAAAAUCAACGAAUCCGAAGGAAAGAAGGGACAUCAAGUUAUGGCAUUGACUCCCAGACAUUUCCUCGACUUCAUCCAACAUUAUAUCAGAUUAUUUAAAGAGAAGAGAGAAGAACUGGAAGAAGAGCAACGACAUCUCGAUAUAGGUCUUCAGAAGAUUAGCGAAACUGAAGAGCAAGUCCAGGAACUUCAGAAAUCGUUGACCAGCAAGAGCAAAGAUCUGGAAGAGAAGAAGAAUGCCGCUAAUGCCAAACUCCAGCAAAUGAUGGAGAAUCAAAAGAAAGCUGAAGAUGAGAAGGUUCUUUCCGAAAGACUGCGGAAGGAAUUGGCCGCUGAUCUCGUCCAGAUUGACAAGAAGAAGGAAGAAGUUGGAGCAGAUCUGGCUCAAGUGGAACCGGCGGUAGAGGACGCCAAACAGGCUGUGAAAGGAAUCAAGAAGCAACAACUUUCUGAACUCAGAUCCAUGCAGUCUCCUCCAGCUAUCGUUAAAUUGGCCUUGGAAUCUAUUUGUAUUUUGUUGGGAGAGGAUCCGAAUAUUGAUUGGAAGGGAAUUCGAACUGCUAUGGUGAAGGAUGACUUUAUUCCUAGAAUUCUGCAAUUUGACUCUGAGAAUGUGCGACCAGAAAUCUUGGCGGCGACGCAGAAGUACGUCAAGAAUCCGGAUUUUGAUUUCGAGAAGGUAAACUAUCCUUUGUAUUUUAUUCGCUUGUGUAUUUAUUGGUGACUUUCCUAAGUUUAGGUUAAUCGAGCUUCCGUUGCUUGUGGUCCUAUGGUUAAAUGGGUGAAGGCGCAGUUGCUUUAUUCGGAUAUGCUGGGGAAAGUGGAACCUUUGAGAAUGGAGUUGGUACGACUAGAGAAUGAUGCGAAGACGAAGACUAAGAAGUGCGAUGAGUUGGAAAGAGUGAUCACAGAAUUAGAACAAUCCAUUGCGUCAUACAAGGAAGAGUAUGCUCAACUUAUUGCGCAAGCAGAGUCUAUCAAGGCUGAUCUCGCGCUGGUUCAGGAGAAAGUUCAACGGUCAAUUCAACUCUUGAAGUCGUUGAGGGCUGAAAGAGAUCGAUGGCAAUCGGGAUGCGACAACUUCAGCCAACAGAUGGACACUUUGGUUGGGGAUGCGGUGGUUUCGGCCGCUUUCUUGGCUUAUGCUGGGUACUAUGACCAACAUCUUCGAUCCGUUCUCUUCCAACGUUGGGUCGCCCACCUGGAAGCCGGAGAAAUCAAAUAUCGACCAGAGAUUGCGAGAAUCGAAUACUUGUCUACAGUAGAUGAAAGAUUGGAAUGGACGAACAACGGAAUGCCCAAGGACGAUCUUUGCAUGGAGAACUCCAUCAUGAUCAAGCGGUUCAACAGAUUCCCCCUCAUCAUCGAUCCCAGCGGACAGGCCAUCGAGUUUAUGCAGAAACAAUAUGGAGGAAAGAGCAGCAACUUCCAGACGACCUCAUUCUUGGAUCCUUCUUUCAGGUAAUCAAAAAAAAAAAAACAUUUUUGAAAAAAACUUACGGGAUUUUAGGAAAACACUCGAAUCCGCAUUGCGAUUUGGCACAAUCCUACUUGUCAAAGAUGUCGAGAACUACGAUCCUAUUCUGAACCCUGUGUUGAACAGAGAAAUAAAACAUACUGCUGGCCGAGUUCUAAUUACCAUCGGCGAUCAAGACAUUGAUCUUUCCCCCGCAUUUAAAGUCUUCCUGGUAACUCGCGAUUCAUCGGUAAGUGAGGAUUAUGAUUUUAGUAACUUUAUGUUCUUUUAGGUUGUCUUCCCACCAGAUGUUUGCUCUCGUGUCACUUUUGUCAACUUCACAAUCACUAGGACCAGUCUGGAGACCCAAUGUUUGCAGCAAGUUUUGAGGAGCGAACGUCCAGACAUUGACAAAAAACGAAGCGAUUUGCUCAAACUUCAGGGAGAAUUCGCAGUUCGUUUGCGACAAUUGGAGAAGGCUUUACUGGGUGCUCUAAAUGAGUUGAAAGGAAAGAUUCUUGAUGAUAAUUCAGUUAUAACGACGUUGGAGAAAUUAAAGAGCGAAGCCAGUGAAGUUUCAAGAAAGGCUGCUGAAACUGAUGUUGUUAUGGCCGAGGUCGAACAAGUGUCCGCACAAUAUGCCAAAUUGGCCUUGAGUUGUUCUCUGAUCUACCUAUGUCUCUACCAUCUGCAUGAAGUUCACUUUUUGUACAGAUACUCACUUGACUUCUUGUUGGAGAUUUUUACUUCAGUACUAAACUCUCCAGAUCUAGAUUCCGUCAAAGAACCAGAAGCUCGUUUAAACGUGAUUAUCAAUAAUCUUUUCCAAGUAAGUCGAACGGCGCCUGUUUUAUAUUCUUUAGGUUUCUUAUCGACGUGUGUCUCAAGGAAUGUUGCACAAUGACAAAUCGAUGUUCGCUCUUCUUUUGAUGAGGAUUUAUCUGAAGUGCUUCAAGAAUGAGUCUGCCUAUGAGCCAUACUUUGACCAUCUCCUCUUGAAGGCUGACUUGUUCAUUGCUGAUGCCUCCAAGAAGACCUUGGAUCAGGCUGCUUCAAUCCAAAUUCCUGGUGUCAGUGAGAAGCAAAUCCUUUCUCUCCUUGCUCUUUCCCAACUUCCGGCCUUCAAGAAUAUCGUUGAGAACUGCUCUUCCAAUCAAAGUCUCGAACAAUUCAGGAAUGCGGACAAGCCAGAAUUGGAUGUUCCCGUUUUAUGGAAUGAAGACAGGGAUGACCCGAUUAUUCAGUCAUUCAAUGAAGUGUUGGUAAUCCAUGCUCUUCGCCCUGAUCGUCUUUUGGCCUCUGUUCAUAUUCUCAUUUCGAAUGUGUUCGGAAUUGACUUCAUGCAGCAAGAUAAGGUCCUUGAGUUGGGAAAUGUGCUGGAUCAAGAGGUAAGUAGAGAUUAAGGAUGAUUUAUUUGUGUAGGUAAACUGCAAGACUCCUGUCCUUCUGUGUUCCACGACCGGACAUGAUGCUUCGGGCCAAGUAGAAGAUCUCGCGUUAAACAUGAACAAGCAGGUGACUUCGAUCGCCAUUGGUUCGGCUGAGGGAUUCCAACAAGCAGAACAAGCCCUUGAGUCCUCUGGAAAGUCUGGCCGUUGGAUCUUGUUGAAGAACGUUCAUUUGGCUCCAUCUUGGUUGAAUCAACUCGAGAAACGACUACAGAAUCUGAAGCCUCAUCCGCAGUUCCGAAUCUUGAUGACUGCCGAGAUUAAUCCGAAAUUGCCCGCAACCAUUAUUCAGGUAAGUUAUGAUUGCCAGGGCGUCUUAACUCUUUCAGGCGUCUCACGUUCUUGUGUUUGAACCAGCGUCCGGACUGAAGGCCAAUCUUCUCAGAUCCGUUUCAUCAAUUCCGGCCUCACGAAUUGGGAAGAGUCCAGCCGAGAGGUCACGAUUGUAUUUCCUCAUUUGCUGGUUCCAUGCUCUUGUUCAGGAACGUCUUCGUUAUCAACCUCUUGGAUGGGCAAACUCUUAUGAAUUCUCAGAUUCCGACCUCAGGGUUGCUUGUGAUACUCUCGAUUCAGCUCUCGAUUCUGUCGCGCAAAAUCGGUCGAAUGUGUCGCCUGAUAAACUUCCAUGGUUGGCGUUAAGGACUUUGCUGUCGCAAUGUAUUUACGGCGGCAAAAUUGAUAACAAGUUUGAUCAAGUAAGUGCAGCGAGCAUAAGAUUUAGACUUUCCGGUCUUACGAUUCUAGUACUACCUUUCUAGAUCCUUCUCGACUGCUUCUUGGAUAAGCUUUUUACACCGAAGUUGUUUGAACAUGACCAUGUUUUGAUCAAUGACAUUGAUGGAAAGGCCUCUCGGUUGACGGUUCCCGAAGAAACGAAUAGAGACGCCAUCUUUUCAUGGAUGCACAACAUCAAAUCCGCUCAAAUGCCGAACUGGAUUGGACUUCCAAACAACGCCGAGAAGAUCUUGUUGACAGUCCGCGGACAAGAACUGCUGAGAAACAUGCUGAAGAUGUCGGAUGAUGAACUCGCCUAUGCUGAUGGGGAUGAUGAAAAAGCUGCAGCCCCGUCUUGGCUGGCUCAACUAUCCGAAUUGGCUCAACGAUGGUUGUCGCUGUUACCAAAAGAGGUCAAGAAGUUUAAGAGAACCAAGGAGAAUAUCAAGGAUCCAUUGUUCAGAUUCUUCGAAAGAGAAGUCAACACAGGCAGCAAUCUGCUUCAAGUUGUUCGUCAUGACCUCCAAGAUCUACUGGCUUGUGUCAAGGGAGAACAGAAGCAAGAUAACCGUAUUCGAGCGGUUGCCAAUGCUUUGAACAAGGGUUCAGUGCCCCAAUCGUGGACCAAAUAUACUGUCCCUACAUCUGUUACAGCAGCCGAAUGGGUGAAGGACUUUGAACAACGGAUCGUGCAAUUGGUUAAGUUCAGCAAAUCGGAAUGUCUCAGGGAUGAGUCUGUUUGGUUGGGAGGUCUCUUCUCUCCAGAAGCGUACAUAACAGCCACCAGACAAUUAAUCGCCCAAACCAAUGGCUGGUCCUUAGAGCAGCUCAAUAUGCAUGUCUCUGUUGGCUCUAAUGCUCCCGCAGAUCGCUUUACAAUUACUGGUAAGUCAUUCGGAAAACACCGCAUUCCUUUUCAGGAGUGCAAAUUGUGGGAGCCGAAUGUAAAUCCGGAAACACCGUCAGUCUUAUUGAUGAAGUCCAAAGUGACCUUGGGGAAAUGCACUUCUCGUGGAAGCUGGAAGCCAACAACUCUGAGACGAUCAGCCUUCCAGUCUACCUGUAUUCAAACCGCCGGAAUCUGUUGUUCACCAUUAAUCUCCAACCAGAAAACUUCCAGAAAUCGUUGUUGUACGAAAGAGGUGUAUGUGUUUUCAGUAAUUCAGUUCUGUCUUAA